AUGUCGCUGGGAGACAUGGCCAAGACCCGCGAGGUGCUGGUCGAUUUGGGGGACGACUCUGGUGGUGAAGACGGCAAGGACAAUCACCGCACAUUGGGGGUGGGGCUUGUCGGAGCAACAAACCUCGAUAUCGGCGACCAGCCCGGCGUCUACGUGUCGCGCGUGGACGACGACUGCACCGCGGCCUUGCACAUCGGUGACCAGAGAGAUCCUGUCAAAUCCCACAGCGCUGGCACACAACAGCACUUUGCCACCACCACCACAACUGCUGCCCUCCGACGAGGCCGCCUCUACCUCUUUGAUGAUGCUUCUUCGGGCUUGCGGCCUAACAUCACCGAUACAGCCAAGGUUGACAAGUGGUUCGCGUCGCUUCACACGGAUGCAAAGCGAGUGCUGAAGCUGUGGCGUGCACAUGCAGACAAGCGGGUGCAGUGCUCGAUCGAGAACAAGGCGUUCACAGGCGACACCCCUGCACACAGCAUCUUCCGCGCAGCACCGCGCUCAGCCAUCAACCCACUCUUCCAGUCAACACUCGUCCUCCCCACCGCAGACUCCCGCUCCCACUUCCACGCAUCCGCACUCAGCUCCGAGCCCGCGACGCUUGACGAGCGGCUUGCGCUGUACGACCCCGAGAUCCCGCCCAACUGGAUGCACUGGGCCGCGCGCUUCCCAGUGCACGAGGCUGCCAUGCUCGGAAGAUCAACACAACUCCACUUCCUCCUCCAGGGGGACCACAGUGCCAAAGCCAAGGACACAGAAGGGUGGACCCCGCUGCAUUACGCAAGCUGGUACGGUCAGGAGGACAUUGUUCGCAUUUUGAUGGAGGACUGGAGAGGAGCGCCAGCUGAAAUCACACCAAGCAACGCAACAGCUCUCCAUCUCGCCGCUCGCAACGGAUUUGCAGAAAUUGUCAGACUGCUGGUUGCCUGUCCGAUUGUUGACAUCCAACAGAAGGACGCAAACGGCAACACGCCCCUCGACCUCUGCAACAAAGCCCAACUCAACGACUGGCAGGAUCACGUGGAGCGCCGGGUGCUGUCGCAGGUUGCCUUGAAGCUCCUCUUUGACGAAGCCUUGUUCGCGGUCCUGCAUUCGCUCUGGCCGACACAGCUCGCAGAUGCCGUCCACCUCGCUGGCCUCCUCAUGCAGAUUCGGUUUGGGGACUUCAACCCCCAAACACAUGUCCCCGGGUUCCUGCGUGGCGGUCUCGAGACGUUUGUGCCACAGCACCUCCUCCACAACCAGCUCAGAACUGUCGAGUGGGAAAGACGCAUCUUUGCUGAGCACCAGAAGCACAAAGGCGUGACGGAUGUACUGUCACUGCAUCGUCUCUUCCUGCAGUACUGCCGCCAGUGGCCUUACUAUGGCGCAACCCUCUUCGACGGCCUCCUCCUCAAGGCAUCUCGCAGGAAGAGGCCGGACGCCAUUUCCCUGGCCAUCAAUUCCGACUUUGUCAGCGUCAUCAUGCGCGACCCCAUGAUGCUCAAGGUGCACCUCUCAUGGGACGAGUUUAAGUUUGAGGCGGACGUGGACAACAAGGAAGUCUCCUUCUUCCUCCAGACGUCGAGCACGGCCAAGUUGGAGGAGCUGCAGCAGUACAUCGCCGUCCGGUCUGACGAGCAACGCAUCAUCUUCAUCAUCGACCAGACGGAGGCGAUGAUGGACUUGAUGGCCAAGCUCCUCGACCUCUCACAGCGCGCAGACAAAGACCUGGAGAUGAAACGAAUGGCGCAGGGAGGACCGCGCGUCCACAAACUCGUCAGCAACCAGCCGGCGCCAAUCGAACCCCUCAGCCGCGGCGAACGCGUGGAGAUUGAACAACGACAGAGCAAAGAGCGGAAGGCGCGCUACAAAGUCGUGCACAGCUUUGGCACUGCGUUUCCUCGUCGCGGCGGCGACAGCAAGUCUGCAGCUGAACACGUGUUUGACAAGUUUUGCGCCGAGGACGGCCUCGCCUCCAUCAACGACCUCAAAGUUAUCUGCUACGAGCUCGGCUACUGGCUCGGCCCCGAACUGGACGGUGCGCGCGUCAUUCUCGACAGCAGCGGGACCAACCUCUUCUCCUUCCGUGACCUCGUCUCAUGGUGGUGCCAGUCCUCGCGAUCAUGGCUCUAUCUCCUCGACGAUCAGGCCUUCAAGAAACGACACGACGCUGUGGGCAUUUUCUUGCGCAACGAUCCAAACAGGACUGGCAAGGUGUCCGAUGAAAAGUUGUCUGGCCUCAUCAACGGGUUGCGCUCCACUGGACUCACACGCAAAACGGAGGAAGCAAUCCGAAAAGGCCUCGACCCUGGCAGCACAGGAUUCCUUGCAUUCAACACGUACAUUGACUGGCUGACAAACCUGCACAUCAUCGAUGAUCGCGUCAUCUCAUGAGCGCUCCAGUCUCCAUGCGUGUGUGCGUGCGUGUGUGUGUGUGUGCGUGCGUGUGUGUGUG